AUGAAAGCCGUAUGGGUGCAGCGUUGUGCACCGUUGGAACCUCUGAACGAAGAGUUUCCGAUGGCUACGAAAGAGAUAGACACUCGAAGCUGGCGAGUUCUUCAUACACAUGACGAGGACCUUCCUGGAGAGAUGUCAUCUUCGGAGCCGGAGCCGGAUCAGCCCGGUAUCUACCGAAGUGAGCAGAUGACACUCGCUCAACUUUUUCUCCAAUCCGAAGCUGCUUACCAAUGCGUGGCUGAACUUGGUGAACUCGGGCUGGUUCAGUUUCGAGAUAACGCAUUACUUGGUCAUUGGUGUGUUCGGUAA